AUGCCUGACAACACUGCUAGUCAAGAACUACUACAAUGCUCUGAGAGAUCCACUAGUCGUCCUGCGGAUCAGAUUAACAAAUUUCGAGAAAUUUUCCUUCCGCUCCUCAUCAUUUGUAUUGCAUGUGCACCUGUCGCUUAUCUUCUCUCGUUACUCAUAACUGAACUCAUUCUGCCCCAAGAAGUUUGCAACAAGCGUGUAGUUGGAUAUUAUACAGUUGCUGAGUGGAACAAGCUAAAAGAGAACCAAAUUGAAAAGUUGACCCAUCUCAUUUUAAUGUUUGCUUAUCUACAAGACGAUGGAAGUGUUAUAGUUAACGGCGGACCCUAUGAAGUCAAAGCGUCUGACAUGAAAGAAGUUAUAAGUGUGGCUAAAGAAAGAGAGAGUCUGAAGGUAAUGAUAGCUAUUGGUGGAUCCGAACCUCAUUUGUAUUCUCCCAUGGUUUCGGAUCCUGUAAAAAAGAAGAACUUCAUGGACUCAAUCACUAAACUGUUCGAAGAAUACGACAUUGAUGGGAUCGAAAUUGUUUGGAUGUACGUUUCGGAAAUAGAUAACGAGAAUCAUCUGAGACUGCUUCGUGAGGUUCGGCAACAUUUGACAUCCUUGAAGACUUCAAAAGGAAAAAAAGAAGAUUAUGUGCUUAGUACUGGUGUAUCUAGAUACACUGAGUAUUUUAAACAUCUUUACAACAACAAAGUUUUGACAUAUGUGGAUUUCCUAACAGUUCAAUCUCAUGAUUGGUCCUAUUUAAAUACCCAGGUUGGACCUGUUGCACCAUUAUACGGAGGACCGCAGGAUAGCAUUGAUGAUGCCAUGAAAUAUUUGGUGUGCCAAACAAAACAACCAAGUAAACUGAAUCUUGGAAUUCCGAUGUUUGGUAUGGAGUGGAAAAACGCAUCGUUCCCGAUAAACGACUAUAAUAAUCAACUUUAUAUACCAAAAAAAUCUGGGAACAAUUGGUCUUCUUAUUAUUUCUGGAGAGACGAAGAGGUCAAAACAUUUAGUCCUUCUGAAGUUUCAUGGCAUGAAAAGUCACAGACUUCAUAUAUUUUUCGAAAUAAUGUUUUUGUAAGUUUCGAAAACGAAAGAAGUGUUCAAGCAAAAGCCAAUUAUAUCAAAAUAAAGAACAUCGGAGGAAUAGCUAUUGAUGCGAUUGAUCAAGAUGAUAAAAAUAUUCUAAUGAAUGCUGUCGCAUCAAUGAAUUUAUGUUCCGGAGAAGAUGAAAAUAAAAUCCAAUAUGGUUGUAAAUGA